AUGGCUGAAAUAAACGUUACUAGCCUAAACAGCACCGGCCUGGAAGUCCCAAGCUUUGAGGCACUCCAAAAUCAUACACGCGAUAUGCGGCGAGCACGGCCACCAGACAUAACCGUUUUGAAGAGUGAGAACAGAGUGCCACUACGAGCAGAGAAAUUAGCGAAGCGUGAGUCCAGACUUGGUUUGAGAAAUAUCUUUGGCAAGUCCAAAACUGGAAAGGAUGGCGGCCAAACAACGACGCAAGGGGCUUCUCCCCCACAAGAACCACCUCGACAGGGUGGAAUACGUACUUCGUUAGCAGACCUCGGCAAUUGGCCUCAGAGACUCCAGUCUUCUCGCUCAGAGCUGUCACUUCUAAGCUCACCGCCAUCUUCAGCUGGGUUGGCCAAGGUCGAAACUCCUACGCUCUCUCGGACACGUCAGGAUAGCCUUGGUGCUCAUAGGGCUAAGCUUCGUCAGUCAACGGUACCGAAAACAAUAGGCCCAGUCACUGGGUUUGAUCCACCGCCGUUGUUCCAAAUGUACCCCCAAGCGAUAAAGCAUGCCACGCUACCCGCGUGCGUUGCCUCCAUUGAUGGCCUAUUCCGUCGCAGCGAGACCAAAAGUAGCUCAUUAUCGAAUGGUGUUUCACGGGUUGAUCUUGUUCAAGACCAUGGUGACGUAACUGUAUUUGACCGAAAGGGCGACACAGAGAAGAAAAAGAGGGCCAAGUUUGCUACGGAAUGGACGAGCAAGAUUUAUGCGCUGGUUACGUCUGGAUACCUACUCCAGUAUGCGGCAGAGGGUUCAUUCGAUAGGUUACCCGAGAAGGUUCUCAACCUCAACCGAGACUCAGCUGCCUAUGCUAGUGACCUCAUCCCUGGAAAACAUUGGGUUGUUCGAGUGACCUCAACCACAGACGCUGAGGGGAACCCCAAUUCUGACUCAAAAUCUCUCAGAUCUAAGCUCGCCAUGCGAGGAAUCGAGAAGCGGCAGGUGUCUAAUAUGUUGCUUGUGUUCGAUAACCCUGGUAGUAUGGAUUCGUGGCUUGCCAUAUUGAGACGGGAGAUUGAGUCUCUGGGCGGUAAAAAGAAACUUUCAGAGACUGGGAAGCCCGAGGUCGGUGCCAAUGCUGCAACGUUAAGAACCCAAACAAGUCAGAGGAACCUUGUCACUCGGGACUCGGCUCGCUUCUCGCGCAUCAUCUCACGGGAUUUCUCGUGGACUCAAGAGAAUGCCCUCGUGGAUCCUACCGAGAACGAUUUUGUAGAACACCCAUUAGACCGACUGUCAGAAUCGACUUUGGAUGAUGGCUCGAGCAUGGUUUCGUCGGACGGCCAACGCCUAGAUAGCCUACGUGAUAGUGGAAGCAACGUAAGCAAUAACCGGCUGUCCUAUAUCUCAUCUGGGCAACGGACGAUUUUAUCAUCGGCAGAAUCGUCUCCGACAAGCUCACCUAUCCGAGCGAGCUUUUCAAGUAUGGGAGACGACUACCCAACCCAGACAAGCUUGUCAGUACUACCGUCAGUGCCUGAGGUUCAGCCUCAGCCUCGCCCUCGCCCUAACGCCGCGGCAAUUGCCAGUCGUAGACAAUCGAUCCAAAAGGUGAUUCCCGGGUUCGACCCUCGCCUAGAUGCGAGUAGCCGUCCGCUUCCGACUACUUCAGCCUCUUUGUCCCACGGCCAUGUUCCCAACUUUAGUGUGCCUCACACUGUAAAUAGGCGGUAUUCCUCCUUGAACUUCUCGACCGUCGCCUCCAGAGCGGAUCAGCCAGAAGGGCUUGACCGGGAUGGACCUAUGAAACCAUUCCGGAAGACUCCACCAACGAAGCCACCAACAAAGCUUUCUAUUUCUCGCCCACUUUCUAUUGUUAUUGACCAACCGUCGCCUAUGUCACCUGUCGGCUCUACUAAUCGCAUUCCUGUCAUAAAAGUGCCCGAUUCGCCUUCUAUGUUCGUACCUCGGACGAGUAAUGUUCCAACGCUGAGUCCGCCCGGAAGGAUAGAAGUCGCUAGAAGUCUCAUUCCUUCCCCGCAGAUUAAGGAAGGACGACCAAUCAGUCGCUCUGUGAGCCCAGGAUACCGUGUCGAGACCAGCAGCCGGCCUCGACAGCGAGGCGGAACAUAUCCGCGGCCCGAAACAGGUAAAUCCUACUUCGUUAGGCCAAAGCGAGCCAAUACCAUAGAAUUGAUAGAGGCUCCGGAGCAGAUACGGAGAGCUGCUUCAUCUCUGGAGAUGCGGAGUUUAGCAACUCCAGGACUUGCGCAAUCACUCCAUAAACGCACGAGUUUGCUAGCUGAAAAUCCGACUCCUCAAAAUCGUAACUCAAUCGCUUCUCCCCAGCAGUCCAGCUUGGCCUCUAUUGAGGAGCCUGCCUACACUCUGACGCCACCGCAAAUAUUCUCACCUAAACGCUCGGUGCCUUCACUCAAGUCCACGCAACAUGAAGCCUCGGCAAAGCAGUUCCUAGCAGUCAACUCUAGCCCAAAGGCUCUCUUGACUAGGAGGAGCAUGCCUCAUCUAGCCGAUGGACCUCCUCCGGCUCCUCCGCCGACUUGUGCUCUUCCUCCGAUCCCGAUGAAGCGUCCGGUCAACCAACCCAGGAGCAUCAGAGCACAAUAG